GCUUCCCCAAGCAAGAACAAUUUGAAAACCCACACCAUAAUAUUUAAAAUCUGGGGCAAAGAACCGUCCGGACGGAACUGCUUCAACUGCAAAACCUCAGCGCAGCCUCCCGAGUGGUCCGCGGUCCCGAGUCGGGAGCAGCCCCUUUAAAAAAGCGGAGUACAGUAUUGGGAUUCUUGAAACCUGAAACCUAGAAACAGAAUCGAAGCGGAAACCAGAAGGAAAACCUUGAACUCCUCCAGACAAUUGCUUCCGGGGAGUUUCAGGAGUGCAAGGGGGAAUAAAGGGCCCGAGAGGAGGGCCCCUUGGAUGGCGCGCCCCUGAGAGUGCUGGCGAGUUCGAGGAGCGUGGGAAGCAGAGGACCCUACCCUCUCCCUGGGCUGCAGGUCAUGGCCUCCGUGGAGCAGAAAGCCCUCGGCGUUGGCUUCAAGUGUCUCUCUUUGGCCACUUUCGUGCUCAUCUGUGCCGGGCAAGGGGGACGCAGAGAGGAAGGGGGUCCAGCCUGCUACGGGGGAUUUGACCUGUACUUCAUUUUGGACAAAUCAGGAAGUGUGCUGCACCACUGGAAUGAAAUCUAUUACUUUGUGGAGCAGUUGGCUCAUAAAUUCAUCAGCCCACAGUUAAGAAUGUCCUUUAUUGUCUUCUCUACUCGAGGCACCACCCUUAUGAAGCUAACAGAAGACAGGGAACACAUCCGUCAAGGCCUAGAAGAACUCCAGAAGGUCCUGCCAGGAGGAGAUACUUACAUGCACGAAGGAUUUCAAAGGGCCAGUGAGCAGAUUUAUUAUGAAAACAGUCAAGGAUACAGGACAGCCAGCGUCAUCAUCGCUUUGACAGAUGGAGAACUCCAUGAAGAUCUCUUUUUCUAUUCAGAGAGGGAGGCUAACAGAUCCCGAGAUCUUGGUGCAAUUGUUUACUGUGUCGGUGUGAAGGACUUCAAUGAAACACAGCUGGCGCGGAUUGCAGACAGUAAGGAUCAUGUGUUUCCUGUAAAUGAUGGCUUCCAGGCUCUGCAGGGCAUCAUCCACUCAAUUUUAAAGAAAUCCUGCAUUGAAAUUCUGGCAGCUGAACCAUCUACCAUAUGUGCAGGAGAAUCAUUUCAAGUAGUCGUGAGAGGGAAUGGCUUCCGACACGCCCGCAACGUGGACAGGGUCCUCUGCAGCUUCAAGAUCAAUGAGUCCGUCACGCUGAAUGAGAAGCCCUUUGCUGUGGAAGAUACUUAUUUGCUGUGUCCAGCACCUGUCCUAAAAGAAGUUGGCAUGAAAGCCGCACUUCAGGUCAGCAUGAACGAUGGCCUCUCUUUCAUAUCCAGCUCUGUCAUCAUCACCACCACACACUGUUCCGACGGCUCCAUCCUGGCACUCGCCCUGCUGAUCCUGUUCCUGCUCCUGGCCCUGGCCCUCCUCUGGUGGUUCUGGCCGCUCUGCUGCACCGUGAUUAUCAAGGAGGUCCCUCCACCCCCUGCUGAGGAGAGUGAGGAAGAAGAUGAUGAUGGUCUGCCCAAGAAGAAGUGGCCUACAGUUGAUGCCUCAUACUAUGGUGGGCGAGGCGUUGGAGGCAUUAAAAGGAUGGAGGUUCGUUGGGGAGAAAAGGGCUCCACAGAAGAAGGUGCUAAGUUGGAAAAGGCAAAGAAUGCGAGAGUGAAGAUGCCAGAGCAGGAGUACGAAUUCCCCGAACCUCGAAAUCUCAACAACAACAUGCGUCGGCCCUCUUCCCCCCGGAAGUGGUACUCUCCGAUCAAGGGAAAACUUGAUGCCUUGUGGGUCCUGCUACGGAAAGGAUACGAUCGUGUGUCUGUGAUGCGUCCACAGCCAGGAGACACGGGACGCUGUAUCAACUUCACAAGAGUCAAGAACAAUCAGCCGGCCAAAUACCCCCUCAACAAUGCCUACCACACCACCUCACCACCCCCUGCCCCUAUUUACACUCCCCCACCCCCUGCUUCCCACUGUCCUCCCCCACCCCCCAGCGCACCCACCCCUCCAAUUCCAUCCCCCCCUUCCACCCUGCCCCCUCCCCCUCAGGCACCACCUCCCAACAGGGCGCCGCCCCCCUCCCGACCUCCUCCUAGGCCUUCUGUCUAGAACCCGAAGUUUAUGCUCUGUGCUCUCAGAAACUCUGGGGAGGAGGCUCCUCCGUGGUGUUAGAACGAGUCUUUCCCAUUAGGGGAGGCUUCUGCUUUGGAAAUGAGUGGGGAUAAAGCCCACUGACCUUCACACACUUUAAAAAUUGGUUUGCAAUGCCAAUACACCAACAAUUGUGAUCAGCAGGAAGAAAUAGAAAUUUUGGAAUGCCUGAAAACAAAUAAUAAGGCAACUACAGUCACAAUUAUAGCCAGCCAUCACCUCUAGAAGGUCCAGAGGCAGUGAAACUGUUGAGAUGCUCUAAAUGGGAUUGUGCCUCAUGGAGAUCAAUAGGAAAAUCAUUUCUCUGAGGGUGAAACCCAGAGUCAGAUGGAUAAGAAGCAAUAUUGCUGGGUUUCUAAAUACUGCCUUCCCCUCUCCACUCCACCUCCAUCAUCUCCUUGGCAUAAGAACCAAGAAACCCUCACCCCUGUGCACCAUCCAGGAAGGUGGAAACCCUUUGUCUACAACUUUGGGAAAACCUUGGGGUCCCCAUAUGGCAAAAACUCAACAUCAGACAGGAAUCCAAAAGUAUGUUCUCCUGGGAUUUGCAGAGAAGUAAAAUCAUAUGACUUAUUUUCCUUUCAAAUUCUCCCAGUUUCCAAGCGAGGAAGAGAGCAAGUGUUUACUGAUGGAAGAAGGUAUGUUGCCAUGUUGCUGUGUAAGUGAAAUCAGGUGUGUGCAUUGACGGGGAGGACUGAUGGGAGCAUCAGACGGUUUCUGAAACUCACAGGCCAUCAGCAGCUAGAGGUGGCUGGCUCUGGCCCGACACGGUCCCCUGAACCAACAGACAAUGGCAUUCUUGAAGAGCAACCUGUUAAUGAUUCAUGCUAAAACUUGAGAUUUGGCUUUGGUUUAAAUCACUUAAGAUAUGAAGAAGUGAUUGAUCCCAUUUUCCAGAGACAAAUAGGAGUUGAUCUUCCCAAAAUGGCAUCACUAGGCCCUACCAUACAAUUCCACUGAUUUUUUUCUUUCUUGGUAGAGUUGUGCACCAGACUUCCAGGUAGAGUUGAAAAACAAUGGUCCUGACAUAAUAAGGAAACUACCCCCAGUUUCUUUGAUUAACCCCAGAGAAUGCAUGUAUGUGUGGAUGCAAAUAUAUUUCUCCUUGGCUUUUCAACAUACUCACAGGUAGCAGCUGUCAACCCAGGGGAAAUGCAUCAAAUAAUCAACACAGACGUGUUCUGCCUGAAAUUCCCACCAGGCCUGGCACCCACCCCAUUCCUCCAAGUCUUUCUGAAUCUGAUUUCUCAGUAAGCCUAUAAUCACUUUCUAAACAUCAUGCUUCUUCCCCCAAGGGUGAAAACAGGGGUCAUUGUUGAGGGCCUACUGCACCAUCCUGUUCAAAACGACCUCCCCUUCUGGUUUCCACAGACCUUAAUGUUCCUCUCCUAAACCCUCAAAUCCUUAAAUCUCUUCUGGAACAAAGCAAAAUAUAAAGUAAAUAUAAAUUCAUUGCUUUGAGGUAUGGUCUCCAAAGAUCCUUCAAGAGCCCUUCAAACCAGCCUCACUCUUUCACCCCACUUAGAACAGAGGCACAGGGGCCUGCCAUGCUUUCCAUCAACACCAGCUCUUGCAGCACAGCAGGUAUUACCCAUCAACCACUGCUCCCUGCUCCUGUGGCGCUCCACUGUUUCUCCAGUCCUCAAAUCAGCGCCAAAGAGCCACCAGUCAUCGGUCACAACUGAGAAAGAGAUGGACCCUGUUUGCCAUCCCUGCUUUAGAAAGUGAAACAGGAAUUGCCUGGGGGAAUGGGAACCCCAUGGUAUAAAAGGUACAGUCAGGUACAGGAAACAGAUCUAGGCAGAGUGCCGGAGUGGGGGGCCCCAGGCACUAAGUCAGCAGCGUGUGCCAGACUGACGCUGGUCCAGGUGAACCUCAAGCCAGCCCUCCUCCCAGCCUGCCGCUUCCAGAGAGGCUCCCAGCCUUCUCAGAUAGUGAGGAUCAGAGAUGGUUUCCAGGACUUAGGGAAGAAAGCAACCUCCACCCCCUGCCUCCCAACCUGGCCGGCAUUGUCUAUUUUUAGAAUACUAGGCUUCUUUAGUAUAGUCCCUCAGGCAGCCGGGGCCACAGGGUCUCAGGCCACCUGUGGUGACAUUGCUGGGCUCCCAAAGCCGUUCCAUGGGAGACUAGGCUUCCCAGGCUCACAGUGUAGAGAUGUUGAGCCCACAGCAACUGUUUUGACUGCUGGCAGUACAAAACGGUCCCCCCCCCACACCACUACCGCACAACUCACUGCGGCCGUCAGAAUGUUCAAGCCCAGAUGCUGACAUUUUUAUGCAACAAGAUGGCCGGCAUCAGGUGAGAAUGCAACUGGCAGGGUCUCAGCCACACAUCAGUCAGAAGCCCUGUGCAGUUUCCAAGGUAUUAUGAUGAACUUUUUGAUGAAAUAGGGAACUGCAGGUAGGUGAUAAUUUUGAAAAGGAUUCCCAGGGUUUAUUCUUAAAAAUUGACUCAUCAUGUCAUCCCUAGUCAUUUAGAAUUACAGUUGAUGUCAUUUAGAAUUAGAGUUGAUAAGAUUUAUACUGUAUGAACAAAACAGUGUUUUAAGAGUAGGCUAGUAACUGGUUUAUAAAAUCUAUUGGUACUUCUACCAACCCUUGUAAAAGACAGCAGACAUGAUUGUGAUCAGGGAACUGCACAAAAUUAUUUUUUUCAACCCCCAUGUUAUUGUCCUUGUGAAGAUUUUUUUAAAUAAAAGCCAACUUUUUGUUGUAUAUAUUCAUAUUCCAUGUGUUAGAUGGAAGCAUUUUCUAUCCAGUGUGAAUAAAAAGAACAGUUGUAGUAAAUUAUUAUAAAGCCAAUGAUAUUUCAUGGCAGGUUAUUCUACCAAGCUGUGCUUGUUGGUUUUUCCCAUGACUGUAUUGCUUUUAUAAAUGUACAAAUAGUUACUGAAAUGACGAGACCCUUGUUUGCACAGCAUAAAUAAGAACCUUGAGCUCUGUGGUCCCCUCUGUUGACUACCCAGCUCACAAACAGUUUCCAGCCUGGAGCUUGUCACAUACUCCAGUGAGACACAAGUUCUCUCUUUUACCAAAGUCAAAAACAGAGCUUGAGGACAAAUUAAUAGUCUUAUGUAUCUGGCUAUGGGUAGCCUCAUUAUAAAUAUCACUAGUGUGGCAAGAGAUGAUCUUGAUGUCUCACAUAUACUGAAGUCCAAACACUGUGUCAGAUGAGGAAAAUCCAUCAGAGAAGUAGAAAACAAUAAUUGAGAAAAUGAGCAACAAUUUCAGCCUAGUGUCAAUGCAAUAAAAACAAUGCUGUGUAAAAUGGGUUGAAUUAGUUUGCAAACUAUAUAAAGAUAUAUGCAGUAAAAAGUCUGUUAAUGAACACCACAUGGGAAUGGGUGUCCUAGCCAAUUGCCUUUUCUAGUUAUCUGAGCUCUACUAUAUUAUCAUACUUGGAUAACCAGUUUAAAAGAAUUAGAAUAUGAUUUUUUAAAUACAUUUUUAACAUUAAACUCUUCUUCUAAUUCUUCUUUCUGUGAUAAUUCAGAAGACAGUUACAGACCUUCAGUGAGUCAUUGUUAUAAAAAAUCAGCUAUCACUGUACCAUGCUAUAAGAGACUGGGCUACAAUUGUACAGCAACAAACCAUGGAAGUUGCUUUUUUUUAAAAAACUGAUAAUAAAUUCCUGAAAUCCA